AUGACACGACGACUCGCCGCCUUCGCAAUACUAUCGACCGCUCUUUCACACGUCCGUGCCGCUUUCGACAUUGGCUACGGCGAUGACUCGGACCUGACGAACUUUGUCACGCGCCCUGAGAUCAAAGUCCCUGUCUUCGAAGUACAGGUCUACAAACCAGAGCAGGUCACGCCGGGCUACUGGUUUGUCGCUGCGUACGCCUUCAUCUCGCAACAAAGCCACGCUGGCAAUUAUUAUCAGCCGUGCCAGAGUGGACCGACAAUUUACGAUGGCGAGGGUAACCUCGUUUGGAGCGGAGCUUGUGCAAAGAAGAACCAGAACACCUGCGACUUUCGUGCCUGGAAUUUUAAUGGGACGAAUUAUCUGUCAGCUAUCUUCACGCCGUACAAUGGCAACAACGAUACCCAAGGCCAUGGCGUCUUCAUGGACAACUCGUAUAAUGAGUUGUACGAGGUCCAUAACCCUGUCACUAUCGACAACUUCAACAUGCACGAGCUGAACAUUGUGGACGGAGGUACCCGGGCAAUCAAUAUUUUGUUCAACCCUGUCAAGUUGGAGCUCAAGGAGCUAAACCAACCUGGCGCAGGGUGGGUUGCAGACAUAGGUUUCCGAGAGACGGACCUGACCACUGGCGAGACGACGUUUGAAUGGUGGGCUGCGCAGGGUGGACAUGUCAGCCUUGCCGAGAGCAAGAGGCCGACAGAGAACCUGGGCCGGCAGUACCCGGCUUCAUGGAACUGGUUUCACGGCAAUGCCGUGGAGAAGAACGAGGAGGGAGACUACCUCCUAUCAGCCCGAUAUCUCGACACGAUCUUCAAAAUCUCCGGCAAGACUGGCAAAAUCCUCUGGCGUCUCGGAGGCUACAACACCUCCUUCGAUCAAGACUUCGUCUUCAGCCGACAGCACGAUUCGCGCUGGCUCCACAGCGGCAAGGACAAAGAGAUCGUCUCCUUCCUAAACAACGCUGCCGAUGACCAGAGCACCGACGAAAGCAAUGGCAUGGUAUCCCGGACCUCUUCAGCCAUGAUCGUCGAGCUCGACCACACCAAGUCACCCCCCACAGCUCGCAUCCUACGUAACAUCCUCCGUCCCGACGGCCUCCUGUCUCGCCUGCGAGGUAACCAUCAAGUCCAAUCCAACGGUAACUCCUUCGUCUGCUGGAGUGAGAAUGCAUACAUCUCAGAACAUGCCCCGGAUGGUGAGCUCCUCAUGGAAGCGGCAUGGCGCAGCAGACGCUUCGUGACCUACCGCGGAUACAAAUUCAACUUCACCGCCGUGCCGAAGGAAGCCAUUGCUGCUAAAGGUUUCACGUACGGCACCUCCGCGGCCAAAGCUACGACUGUGGUCUAUGUAAGCUGGAACGGCGCGACCGAAGUCGAAACUUGGCGCUUCAAGGCCCCGCCUGGACCACAUGGGUCGCACAAGGCAGAGACGCUAGGGACUAAGAACAAGACGGGCUUCGAGACGCAGUUCCAGGUUGAUGGGUUCCACCACACCGUUUUCGUCGAGGGUAUUGCUGCUAAUGGAAGCGUUUUGGGUACGAGUGGCCGUAUCAUUAUCACGCCUCCUGUUGAGUGGGAGAAUGUGCCACAAGAUGUGUUGGUCGAUACGGCUGAGAAAGAUGAUCCCAAGUUCAAAUCACGUUUUGGCACUGGUAAGACUAGACACCAUUUCCAAUUGAAUCAUUCCGUCCAUGACGCGGCCACGACCAAUUCCGACUCCGAUGCCGACACCGACGAUAAUAUCCAAGAUGAUCUGAAUGAAACUCAGCAUACCAAGCAUGAAGGGGCCAUGACACCUUCAGGCGACAUCAAGAUCAAAGGUACGCAAGGCACGCAAGGCACGAAAGCUACCACCGAACCGAAAGAACCAACCAUCACAACCCUCAAAUCCAAAGCCCAAGAAUUCCUAGCCCAUCCUACUGGCAGCCAGCUUAUGAUCUGGCUACUGGGUGCUAAUGGACUCCUCGUGGGGACGGUGUUGGCGUUUCGGAGGCCGGGGUAUUAUAGGCGGUCGAGUUCGAAGUUGGGGAGGAGGAUAAGGAGGGCGUGGAGUCCGAGUAGUAGGGAUGAGAAGAGGGUGGGGGAGGCGGAGUGA